AAAUCAGGGGAGCUGGUUGCUGUGAAGGUCUUUAAUAAUGCCAGCUACCUCCGGCCCCAGGAGGUCCAGAUGAGAGAGUUUGAGAUGCUGAGGAAGCUGAACCAUAAAAACAUUGUCAAAUUAUUUGCCGUGGAGGAGAUGGGCAGCAGCAAGCAGAAGGUGCUGGUGAUGGAGUACUGCUCGAGCGGCAGCUUGCUGAAUGUGCUGGAAGACCCCGCGAACGCCUUCGGUUUGGCUGAGUCCGAGUUCCUCAUCGUGCUGCAGUGCGUGGUGGCAGGGAUGAACCACCUCCGCGAGAACGGCGUUGUCCACAGAGACAUCAAACCCGGGAACAUCAUGCGGCUGAUGGGGGAAGAUGGGCAGAGCAUCUAUAAGCUGACGGAUUUUGGGGCCGCCCGAGAGCUGGAUGAUGAUGAAAAGUUUGUGUCUGUCUACGGGACGGAGGAAUAUCUCCACCCCGACAUGUACGAGCGAGCGGUCCUGCGCAAACCGCAGCAGAAGGCGUACGGCGUCACCGUCGACCUCUGGAGCAUCGGCGUCACCUUCUACCACGCUGCCACCGGCAGCCUCCCCCUUGUCCCCUUUGGGGGACCUCGCAGGAACAAGGAGACCAUGUAUAAAAUUACCACUGAGAAGCCUCCCGGCGCCAUCGCGGGGGUCCAGAGGCAGGAGAAUGGGACCAUCGAGUGGAGCUACGAGCUGCCCGUCACCUGCCGCCUCUCGGUGGGGCUGAAGGACCAGCUGAUACCCAUUUUGGCUAACAUCCUGGAGGCGGAUCAGGAGAAAUGCUGGGGAUUCGACCAGUUUUUUGCAGAAACCAACGACAUUUUGCACAGGAUUGUGGUUGAUGUCUUCUCCCUGCAGCAGGCUUCCUCGCAUCGCAUCUACAUCCACUCCUACAACACUACCACCAAGUUCUUAGAUGCCGUCUUCAAACAAACAAACAUAGUCCCUCACCAUCAAGAAUAUUUUUUCGAAGGUCAUCUGUAUGAAUUGGAUCCUAAUCUACAAGCUCAUAACUUCUGCACAACCACAGAGCACAACCCUCUGACCUUGCUGAGCUCCGCUGAGCAACCAGAAGACGUGGUGGGAGUCAGAUAUAGAGACCCGGCACUUGAGUUUCCAAAGUUUGUCCCCAAGGUGGACGUGGUGGCCGACUGCAGCGCAGCCAAGAGUGCGGUGGGCGCCGUGCACCAGACGCUGCGCAUCGCCCAAGCCCUGCGGUGCUGCCGGGAGCUGCUGGCGAGAGGUCUCCACUGGGUGAUUGGGAACCUGAAAACGGAGUGCUCGAGGAUUUUGGAGCAGAGGAGAGGGGCUCUCUCGGUGCUCGCCUGCCUGCAGCUCACUGAGGUGAAGACCCGCGUGCUGUACGAGGCUGUUCCCACAGGCAGCGGGGUGAAGGACGUGGCCGUGGUGAAGACCAGGCUGCAGAGGGUCGCCGAGGAGCUCUCUCAGUGCUCCCACAACAUCUUUGACUUGCAAGGGGCGCUGGACGGCAUCUUGUCCGAACUGGUGAAGCACAGGCAACAAGUGCAUGAAGACAAAAGCAUCCGGCAGAUCGAGUGCUGCCUGGAGAAGAUGCAGCUGAUCUACAAGCAGUUCAAGAAGGCCAGGACGUGUCCGCGGCUGGGCUACAACGAGGAGCAAAUACACAAGCUGGAUAAGGUGAAUUUAGGGCAUCUGGCCAGGAAGGUUCUCUUGAUUUUCCAGGAUGACUGUGUCCAGCGGUACCAGGAGGCCCUGGCCCUGCACGGCAGCAGGAUGAGGAAAGUUUGUGAGAUAAAGAAGAAUCUGAAGAGGCUCAGCAAUCACAUCAGCGCCUGCAGCGUGGAGACGAUGGAGUGCCAGGACUGCCUGCAGAGCGCUCUGGACAGAUUCCUCCAGAUGGAGAAACAGAGUUUGGCCCCGGUUCCUCCUGCACCUUCACCCGUCCAUCUAAGCCAGGCACACCAGGAGAUGGCUUUUCGGAUGCAGGAGCUGCUGGAGCAGAUGAGGUCAGUAUCUUGUGAUCUCCAGUUCAACAACAGCAUCAUCGAGCGGUUAAGCGGGGCUGCCCCCACUCCCGGUAUUUGA